UUUUACUUUUACAUCCUUCCUCUUCGUCCCCCACCCAGUUUAGUUUCCCAGUGGAAGUCUUCCACCCUCAACUCCCUCAGCCGCGCAUCUAGGUCACCACCUCGUCGGCGUCGACCAUGCCCGGGGACUGGCAGGAGCUUGGCCAGGCCGCGGCUAUCGGCCUCCUCUUCGCCUUCCUGGUCGCCAAGCUCAUCUCCACCGUGAUCGCCUUCAAGGAGGACAACCUCCGCAUCACGCGCUCUCCUCCCGCUUCCCCCACUGCCGCCUCCCCUUCCCCUGCGCGCCCGUCCACCCCAACCCCUGGGGACCCUCCACCUCCCUCCCGCGACGCCCACGGCGACGACUCCAGCCACGGCAGCGACAGCGACUGGGAGGGCGUGGAGAGCACGGAGCUCGACGAGGAGUUCAGCGCAGCCUCCGCCUUCGUCGCGGCCUCCGCCGCCUCCGGCACCAGCGUCCCCGAGGAGUCCCAGCUGCGGCUCUACGGCCUCUACAAGAUUGCCACCGAGGGGCCCUGCACCGCGCCGCAGCCGUCCGCCCUCAAGCUCAAGGCCCGCUCCAAGUGGAAUGCUUGGCAUAAGUUGGGUGCUAUGCCUACAGAGGAAGCUAUGCAGGAGUACAUCACAAUUGUUAACGAACUAUUCCCUAACUGGGCUGGAGGUUCAAGCACAAAAAGGAAAGAUGAAGAUCACAUAACUUCUGCUUCAGGUUCGAAGGGACCGAUGGGACCUAUAUUUAGCAGUUUAAUGUACGAGGAGGAUCAAGGAAAUGAAUCAGAACUUGGUGACAUCCAUGUUUCAGCAAGGGAAGGAGCAACUGAUGACAUAGUAAAGCAUCUGGCUGCUGGUGUGGAAGUCAACAUGAGAGAUAGUGAAGGCAGAACUCCAAUGCAUUGGGCUGUUGACCGUGGCCAUCUAAAUGCUGUUGAAAUUCUUGCAAAUUCAAAUGCAGAUCUGAAUGCUCAGGACAAUGAAGGACAAACGGCACUUCACUAUGCUGUCCUUUGUGAAAGAGAAGACAUUGCUGAAUUGCUUGUCAAGCAUCACGCUGAUCUUCAGAUCAAGGAUGAGGACGGGAGCACAGCACGGGACUUAUGCCCUUCGAACUGGUCUUUUAUGAACAAGUCAAACUGACAACACAGAUGGACCAGACAUUUGUUGACGUCUACUGCCAAGAAACACGGUGCCCUAUAAUAGCUGUAUCCUAAGUUUCUAGCUUGAGAAAUCGGAUGAGUUGUUUUAUCGACCUCAUCUAAUUGGUUGCCAAAACUCCAAAAUUGUAUUGCAGUGUUAGUGCCGGGAGAUACUUGUAUCGCUUUACACAGAAGAAUUGUACUAGUGGAUUUGUGCUAAAUACCAAUGGUCUGCUAGUGAAAGAAAUCGCAUGUCAUACACAGUACAUUAGGUUUGUUGCACUCAUGUACGUAUUGAACAUGCAGCUUCAAUUAUAUUGGUCAUUUACUGUU